CGUCUGACGUCAGCUGCGGAAAUAUCAACAUGGAGAACGGGAGAGAAGGUUCCACGAAUUCACUUCUGAAAGAUGGCUGCUACGCUGACUUCCUGGCAGAGGACUUUGAUGUGAAGACGUACACGGCUCAGGCCAUCCAGCAUGCGGUCCUCGCGGAGCAGCUGGGCCGGCUGGCUCAGGGCAUCAGUCAGCUGGACAAGGAGCUGCACAGCCAGGUUGUGGCCAGACAUGAAGACUUACUGUCUCAGGCCACUGGGAUAGAGUCCCUUGAAGGGGUCCUUCAGAUGAUGCAGACCAGGAUCAGUGCUCUGCAGGCAGCUGUGGACAGGAUCAGGACGAAGAUUGUUGACCCGUACAACAAGAUAGUGGCCAGGAUCACCCAGCUGGCCAGACUGCAGGUGGCCUGUGACCUGCUGCGGAGGAUCAUACGGAUCCUGUACCUCAGCAAGAGGCUGCAGGGCCAGCUGCAGGGGGGCAGCAGGGAGAUCACCAAGGCUGCACAGAGCCUCAACGAACUAGGUAUUGUACGUCUCUCAACACGUCCCGAGGUGCUCCACCACACUUUGUCAUCAUGUCCUGAUACAGCCACAUUCCACCUCUGGUCCUGCAAAGGAGAAGCAGGUCAUAUUUCAGUUAAAUAGUAUCAACCUGGCACGUCACAAUCAGAGCCCCCCCCCACGGUGUAUAUAUAUUGCAUCAUGUCUCCCACCUUAUUUUAAUUAUUGUAUCAUCCCCUGACAGACUCCUUGAGUGCUAAUUGGACGCCUGUUUGUGUUUUUAAUCAGUUUUUGUCCUUGCCUUUUAUCUUUGAUGGUUCUUGUCAUGUGCCGGUCAAUAAAUGAGCACUGAAAACAGUAAACUGGUUUCCUGCCGGCUGUCUUAGUAUUAGUCACUUUCUAUUGACAGUACAUAUUGUAAUUCAAAUAAUAAAAGCAACACGCAACACAUUUUACAGCGGUUGAUUCAAAUCAACAACGGCUCCACACAGGGAGAUGAAACAGCUGCAGAUAAAGGUGACCUGUUGAAAGAUGUAUCCUUUACUUUGCAAAACGUAUACGGCCCCCAACCAGCCAACCACCUACAGUAUAACUAUCA